AUGUGGAUAACCAGCCAGCCGCUUUGUGUCCGCUUCGAGUGGGAGAGGUGUUGCAGGAGGACCUGCCCGCUGUCCUGCCGAAGUGGAUGCACCAAGGCCUGGGCCCGUGCAUGGCCGUGGCAACUCCAGGCGCUUUGGAUGAGCAAAACUUUUCGCUUGGAACUCGAGGGCAUCCCAACAGAUGCAAGCCAGCCUGUCGGUUUCACAGGCGGAGGGGUGGAUGUCGAGAAGGUGCAUCGUGCAAAUUCUGCCAUGAGUGUGCCUUUAUUGAACCAGAACCGAACUAUUUGGGUGUGCCUCUGCACAGCUCUGGCCCGGCAUCAUCAGCGGUCAAUGCUCCAGUACCACCAGGCGCCAUGCAGAGACCUUCAGAUUGUGAGUACCCCUCCAUCGGCUCCUUUGGACACCCGGUAUCUUGUGGGCCACCUUGCAAGUACAACUCGAAACCGAAGGGCUGCAAGGAUGGGCUCCUCUGUGACCACUGUCAUCUUUGCCGAUGGAAACGUCAUACCGGAGGUGGCCGAGCCAGCCUUGACAGGGAGGAGACUGUCUUUGUUUAGCUUGCAGAAGAAUGGAGUUUUGUACAAAAUGAGAGUCAUUGCAGAAGCAAUGCUCGGAAGUUUUAACUCCAGAACGCAGCUUUAA